GGUCGGGGAUGCUGGAUUCACUGUCGGUGGAAACUUCAGUACGCGACCAGCCACCGACGUGUGUUUACGGUCCGAGGCUCCGGCGGAAGCGGCGAGAGAGUUGUUUGCUUCGGGGGAAAGUUUCAAGAAUGUGUUGAGCUGACUCUAUCCGGAUACACUCAGGGUUUUGGGAAUGGAUUCAACAUUACUGCUGCUCCUACUGACCGGGUGCAGCGUGAAAUUGGCGCUCGGUCAGCAGGGCCCGGUCUUCAUCCUGGAGCCGCCGAGCACCCUGGUCUUCUCCAACACGACGGGCUCCCAAUUAGGCUGCUCCGCGCACGGCAGCCCGACGCCCCAUGUCACGUGGAUUACCAGCCCGGAUCAGAGAUCGGUCACGGCAGUUCCGGGGCUCAGGCAACUUCUGGGCAACGGAACGCUAUACUUCCCGCCGUUCCUGGCGCAGGAUUUCAGAGCGGAGGUUCACAAUGCCCGAUACAGAUGCCGGGCGACCAGCUCCGUCGGGACCGUGCUUUCGCGCGAGGUCACUCUCCGCGCCGUAUUGACGGUACCCGGAUACGAAGUCAGGGUAAACAGACAACCCGUCAUGGAAGGCUGCAACGCGGUGUUGUCCUGUACAGCCCGGGAAGAUGUUAAGGAACACCUCACUGUAACCUCCUGGUUCCGUGACGACGCUAUUCUCCUACCUGGAAACACAGACACCGGUGGAAGAUUCGUCGUUACCUCGCAGGGCGAUCUUCAUAUUAGAGCCGCCAGACCGGAAGACGGCAGAGCGACGUAUUCGUGCUUAACCCUGCAUGCCUUGACCAGCGAACGAAGAAAGAGCGAGCCCGCCACUUUAACAGUCACGGAACCAACCGGUUCCUCGCCGCCGCGAUUGAUGCAGCGAUCUGAAAUCGCUAUUUCCGCCGAGAGCGGCUCCGAUGUUCAUCUCACGUGUUCGGCGCAAGGAAGCCCGCCGCCGCAAUUUACCUGGUAUCGCGAUGUUAAUGGCCACUCGAUACCGGUGGAAUCGUUCGGCCGUAUCCAGCUUUGGGGUGACCUGAUGCAAAUUCGUCGCGUAGAUGCGCAGGACGCAGGAAGAUACGUUUGCCGGGCCAGCAAUCAGCUUGGCGAGCAACGAGCGGAGACGCACUUGUCAGUCACAUCAAAGCUAAAUGCACGGAUUCAACCGCGUGUGCAGGUCAUUAAUUCCGGCGAGACCGCCACGAUGAACUGCACGGUCGAAGGAUAUCCGGUCGAGAGCGUUGAGUGGCUACAUGACGGUGUGCCAGUAUUGACCGCGCAGGACACGAGGAUCAGAUUGUUGGCUCCCUUGGUGCUCGUGAUAGGCUCCGUUGGCCGCAGGGACAAAGGGAUGUAUCAGUGUUUGGUGAGAAGUGACAAGGAAAAUGCUCAGGCCACCGCCGAACUCAAGCUCGGAGAUACCGUUCCGGAACUGCAAUACACAUUUAUCGAGCAGGCAUUACGACCGGGCCCGCCGGUCUCUCUGCGAUGUUCCGCUACCGGUUCACCGACACCAUCCUUUACGUGGCUACUCGACGGUGAACCACUGAGCCAGAUUGCGACUGGACACAGAUACGCGAUAGGCCAAUACGUGGAUCAAUCCGGUGACGUGAUCAGUCACUUAAACAUUUCAUCGGCGGGAGCCGAGGACGGUGGCCUGUACGCUUGUGUGGCAUCCAACACUCUGGCGACCGUCGAGCACAAAGCUAGGUUGAACAUUUACGGACCACCGUACAUCCGAUCGAUCGGCCCGGUUCGCGCCAUCGCGGGUGUCGACAUUACAAUAGCGUGUCCUUACUCGGGAUAUCCGAUCACAUCGGUCGGAUGGACCCGAGGUGGUGCCGAGUUGCCCUUUGACAUCAGGCAGCGGGUCGACAGCGAGGGCCAUCUUACAAUCCUCACGGUAGACCCGAAUGAUGCCGGUACUUACACAUGUAUAGUUCGAGCAAGUUCCGGGGAAACCGCCAACAGAGAUAUAUUACUAACUGUUAAUAGUCCUCCAGUAAUGAGUCCCUUCAGUUUUCCCGCAAAUUCGCAAGAAGGCAGUCGUGCUCAAGUGACUUGCAGCGUGACAUCGGGUGAUCUUCCAAUCUACAUUUCCUGGUUGAAAGACGGCGAACCACUACCCUCUUCCCUUCGCAUCGAAGAACGAGGUGCCGAGUUCUUCAGCCUCCUCGUAUUCAAAGAACUGUCGUCGCGGCACAGCGGCAAGUACACGUGCGUGGCCACGAAUAGUGCCGCGAAGGUCAAUCAUACGGCCGAACUUUUGGUAAAAGUACCGCCUCAAUGGAUAUUCGAACCGCUGGACGUGGCGACCCUCUUGGGCAACCCGUUAAAUGUCCACUGUGAGGCCAAAGGUUUUCCACCGCCGCGCAUCACGUGGCUACGUGCCAGAGGCAGAACGUCCAACGACUAUCAGCCGCUGGUCGAUGGUUCCGAUGGUAGACUCACGAUAUUGCCUAAUGGGUCUUUGUGGACGGCUUCAGCCGGCCCGCAAGAUGAGGGUUACUAUCUGUGUCGGGCUAACAAUGGCAUCGGAUCCGGACUAAGCAAAGUGAUAUACGUGUCAGUGCAUGAACCGGCGAGAUUUGAGUUUCAAAGUAAAAAUGUAACAAUUCGCCGUGGAGAAUCCGUAACUAUUGAUUGCACCGUGAUCGGCGAUAAUCCUAUAGAGGUGCAAUGGAUGCACAAUAGUGAUCGAUUGGAUAUGAGCAAUCAUAGACUAAGCAUUGGUCAAAUAAAGACUGACAACGGCCUCAAGUCCCAAUUAUCUAUCGCAAACAGCGAUCGGCAAGAUUCCGGAGUCUACAGAUGUACCGCCGAUAACGCUUACGGAAGAAGUGAACAUCUAAUUUAUUUAGCAGUCCAAGAGAGGCCGGAUCCUCCAGCUGGACUCGAAGUAAUAGAGAUCGGUUCCCGAUCAAUACGAUUAUUAUGGAAGCGAGCCUUCGAUGGAAACAGCCCUAUAAGAAAUUAUGUGAUACAAUACCGUUCGUUGAGCCACGGUAUGACCGAUGAUUGGAAUCCCGUUAAAACGCACAAUGUCACGUACACGCCGGGAAACUCCAAUAGCGGUAAUUCUAUCCAUCCAACUCAAAACGGCUUAUCUCCAUUCGAGACUACCGGCGAUGACCAGGAGGUAGCUCUGGUCGGUGGUCUUCACCCGGCUGUCACCUAUACCUUCAGGAUAUUCGCUAUAAACUCUAUCGACGCGAGCGGACCUACGGAACCGGUAGUGGCGAAGACUCAGGAGGAAGCACCCACCGAGCCGCCGCAAAGCAUCAAAGUGCAAUCUGCCGGACCUGGAGAGCUCAUGGUCAGUUGGCAACCACCUCCAAAAGAAUCGUGCAACGGGGAUCUGCUAGGAUACAUAGUGACAUGGUCCGAACAUUCGUCGUCGACUUCGGGUGUUAAUCAAAGUAAAAGCUUAACCGUAAAUGGUUGGGCGACGACAAAGGUACAGCUAACCGGUUUAAGAAAAUUUACGAAAUACGACAUUUCGAUCAGAGCCUUCAAUAGCAUAGCCAGCGGACCAGCUAGUGCCCCGAUCGUGGGCACUACUCAAGAAGGAGUACCGGAAACGCCACCGACUCAGGUGACGUGCGUACCAUUGUCUUCCCAAAGCGUCAAAGUAUCUUGGAGUCCGCCUCCGCCUCAUCAGCACGGCGGAAUUAUUCAAGGAUAUAAAGUCUAUUACAGGCCGGUCCCUACUGAUAACAUGGACAUAUCAACGGUCGGCGAAGUUAAAAGAACUUCAAGCAUGGACACUUAUUUACACACAUUGUACAAAUAUACGAAUUACUCCAUCAAAGUAUUAGCUUACACAGGCGCGGGUGAUGGAGCACUGAGUCCACCAAUCUUCUGCAUGACGGAAGAGGAUGUUCCGGGUCCGCCGGCUGGCAUUAAAGCAUUGGCGUUAACGGCGGAAAGUAUAUUGGUUUCCUGGUUACCACCAUUGCAACCCAAUGGAAAUGUCUCAAAGUAUACUGUGUACAGUAGAGAAGCUGGCUCUAAAAAUCAUAAUGCGCAUACGAUGCACGAACCGCCAUUAUCGCCCACAGAUACGCUUACGAUGGAAUUACGAGAUUUAGUAGAAAGACAACUGUACGAAUUCUGGGUGUCGGCAACAACUGGCCUUGGAGAAGGAGAACGAACCACCAUAGUUACGCAAACAACGAAUACCAGGGCUCCCGCUAGAGUGGCAUCGUUCUCGCAAGUAUUAAAAAGAGCUGUAAAAUCGUCGGUUAUGCUGUCGUGUUUGGUGGUUGGCAAUCCCACGCCACGACCUAUUUGGACAUACAGAAACAGUCAAAUUACCACCGGUAGGCAUUAUGAACUAACACCUGACGGGCAUCUUAAUAUACGCGGAUUGGAGCAAUCGGUCGCAGGAAACUACACUUGUUCAGCUAGCAACUUAUUCGGCGACGAUUCUAUCACUUAUUCACUAGUCGUAGUGAUGCCACCUAGAGCACCGUCGUUAGAAUUGCAAUAUACAACAACCAACAGUAUCAGGUUCCGUUGGAAUCAUCCUGACAACGGCGGUGCUACGAUACAAGGAUAUGUAUUAAGUUACAAGAGGGAUCAAGGUGGAUGGGAAGAAAUUGCCUUGUCUCCGGAGCAGACAGAGUUCGUGCUCUCUGGGUUAAAAUGUGGUUCUUCUUAUUUAGCGCAUUUAACAGCACAUAAUCGCGUCGACACCGGUGAUCCGAGUCCGUUAAUCAGCGCAACAACGAAGGGCACCGCGCCUCUCUUGCCUAAGGAAAGAGAUAUUAUUUCGGCAAAUGGCACGUCGGUGAAGUUAAAUUUAUUGUCUUGGCCUAACGGAGGAUGCCCCAUUCAAUAUUACACCGUCGAGUAUCGCAGGCGAAUCAAUACAGAACCGUGGAUUUUGGUGGCCAGUAGAGCGACCGAUAACGUCGUAAUUCGUGAUUUGAAAACAGCAUCGUGGUAUAGUCUACGUUUAACGGCCCACAACGACGCUGGUUCGACUCAGACGCAAAUGGAGUUUGCCACGACCACGUUAAGCGGGGUCAGUAUUGGUCCGCCCAACGAUCUGAUAAUGGAGGAUGAUAUAAAAAAGACUGUGCCUAAUCACAAAGUUCUGUAUGUCAUCGUACCGCUCAUUUGCGCAAUCGUUUUGGUCGUGUCCGCGGUAAUCCUGGGAUACGUUAUGCUUAAACGCAGCGGCAGAGCAAACUAUCUAGGCGAAAUAUUACCGGGACAACAACAGCAACAACAAGCUGGAUUAGGAAUAGUUCAACAACAGCACCAGCAACAGCAUCAUCAUUUAUCUAGUUGUAUGUCGACCGUACAACUCAAAUCGACAGCUGAACGAGACAACAGACGUAAUCAUCAAGUUUAUACUAGCUCGCCCGUGAAACAAGAAAACCACAAAUCCGCCGAUCAUGGAUCUGAAAUGUACGAGAUAAGUCCGUAUGCCACGUUUAGCGUUCCCGGAAGAGAGAACCGUUCGGUCACGACUGCGACACUCGAUUACACGAUGCAGUUCAAGACCUUUGGUCAUUUGGAAAACGAAGACAUCAACACUAUCGAUUACGAGAGAUCCAGCGUUGAGUUCGAAAGGUCGAAAACACCAAGGUGGCACAAGCAACGCUACUUUCCGAGCAUCGCGGAAGCUGAGAGCAAGUUGCGAUCGAGCCGACAAGGCUCCGGGAGCGACACGUCCGGAAGCCCUUGUGGCGAAUGCGCCGGGCCUAGUUAUAGAGUGCCAGUAAAGCCUUGUAGAGAUGUAUUUUCGCGAGGUGUUGAAUCAAGUACGGAAUCUAACAACGAAGGCUCGCCCUCACUCGCGAGACGACGAAGCCGACAGCCGAGCCGGUCUACUCGCAGUUCGGUGGAGGAUAUGACGCUAUUGCCGCCAAGCGGGUUCAGUGACAGCCGCGAAUUGAGCGACGUGGAGUGCGACCGUGAUCGCGAUCGCGAACGCGAUCGCGAAUGGCAAGGUUUAUCAGCCGGGACCCGUCACGGCGGCAGUUUGGGCAGACUUCCGAUCGAGGCCGUCGAAUCUAUGCUCGCUAGAUAUCAGCAAAGAAAGGAACAAGAGAGACAAGAAUUCACUAUACACGUAUGAUCGAGAUUCGCUGGUUCGAUUUGGUAUCUUCGCCGGACGAUUUAACGUUAUUUAAAAAGAGAUGAUCAGUCAUCUCUUCUUAAAACCCAUCCGUCGUUGGAAAAGAAAAUUUUUAACGUGAGAGAAAGAAUGUAAGGGACAAUUUAUAAUUUCGAUUGGAGAUGUGGAUCAGUGAUUUAGAAGAGACCCUCAGGGCCAUUUGCGUCGAAGAGACGUCUCAGUAAUUGAUUCUCUGCGUUGCGCCAAAUACUGCCGUUAUUAUACACAAAACAUAUGGCCUUCGUAUACAACCCUGUAUGUGCCACGUGCGAUAUACAAUAACGCCGUCUUUCGAGAGCAAAAAAAACACCAAAUCUUAUCGGCGAUGUAUGCAAUUAAGCAAUCAAGAAGUAAUGGAAUAAUUAGAAGAUUAAUUGUACAUUUUUUGAUAACAUUUAUUCUUUCUAUCACCGAAUUACGAUUACACUAUCUUAUCGUGUGGAACGUGAUUAAAAAAAUAAAAAGUCUGACUGACCGAUCCAUUACUUUCGCGACGACCAAUUAUCGAUAUACAGGGUGAACGCCAACUUCCAUGCGAGUACCUCUUCUUCACUAGUACGAUCUACUUAUUGACGAGCUAUUCCAUGAUUGUAUUCCCUAGGAAUGACCGAUAUUGUAAACAUUGCGUUUUAAAAAAAUUUUUAAACACGACCGUAAAACAUUGUAUGUUAUCCCUGUAAGAAAUAGGUCAAUUAAUUCGAAGCUAAUGGCAAGCGUUUAUUCAAAAUAAAAUGGAAUUCAAUUUUGACAAUCAAAAAUUGGUUCCAAAUUCCUCUCGGUUUGAAAUAUGCAAAAGUUCGAUUCGAUUCCAUACAAUUUAAUUGCGAAAUUUUCUCAUGUGUAAAUGAUUUCUCGAAUAGUGCCAACUUUAUUAGAAAUGUAUAGUAUUAAGAACGUCGUAAAAAAAAACAAAAAAAAACGGAGAAUUAGGAAGAUAAAGAGAGAGGCUUACGUGUGCCCUUUUUUCUGUCCUAAUUGAACGUAAUUGUGCGCUAUAACGAAUAGUAUUUACAAAUCGAUUAUUUGAAUAAGAAGAAGCGUCUAGCGCCUUAACUAUGUAAAUAACUGCUCUUUGAGAAAACAACACUUAUCGAUGUGAUCGUAAAAUACGCUAACGAUUAUAAAAAUACCAGAAUGCACAGAGAGUGGUAGAGUCGUGUGUCCGCAGAGAGAGACCAGAUCAAGAAUCGUGUAGCGAUAUCGAGAUAAACUGUAACUUCUCUCACCGGAGAUUAAAUUUCUUUUGGAACAUCUUUCCCAUAACGUGAGACUGAUCGUUAACCGAGUACGCUUACAUUGAUAUCUGCCAAGAAGAAUAAACGAUUAAACGUUCCAAUCGAGCGACACUACAUGACGAUCACGUAAAAAAAAAGUAAACAGAACCGCGCGACACGUUCUUCUUUUUCCCUUUACUUUAACCCUUUAACGGCUAGUAUAUAUGUACCACCUUCUUUGAAAAAUCAUAACUUCCACAAAAAUGAACUUAUCGAUACUAUCCUCGUCUUAUUUUAAAAAGGAACUAUGCAAUAAAUUUUUAACGAGUAUGAAGGUUGCACCCUUUCGAAUAUGCAGGCAGCAUGUCAAAUUGUGCAAAAAUGGUUUAAAAAUGAAAAAUGAGGAUAAGGUUUUUUUCGUAUUUCAACGUUUUAAUUUUUAGUAUAUGUUUUAAAAUAGCAUUAGAAAUAAAAGCAAAAAAAAUCUUCAAAAACUUCCUAUAACGAUAAUAACAAGCCAAAAACCACUCUCAGAGUAUACUCAAAUCUAAAAAUAGAUUUUAGUAUUAGAAACGCAUACAGUGAAUUCAAUUUACUUUUAGUUUUAACAAUUUUUUAAAAAACUGUAGGAUUUGAAAUCAAAAAUUUAUGUAAUAAGUCGAAGCUUUUUUGUGAGUCUCUUCAUCUUUCAAGCGCGGAGAUGUCCUUUAUAAUAUUGGAACAGUUUACGAACAGAAUAGUCAGUGCAAUAGUCAGUGAGUUUAUAAAAACAUAUGUUCCGAAAUACUAAUUUCAACUCAGAGUGUAAUAAUAAAACGAGAAAUAAGAUUACAUUUUUUGCAUCAAGGAUGGUUUUCCCAUCUAAGGAUUUAUAAGGUUUGGAAAAUUCUAAAUAAUUUUGUUUUACAAAAUAAAUACCUACUAAUUUCGAUCAAUCAUGUGUCGAAUAUAUAAAACCAAUGCGAAAAAAAGUCGGCCGUUAAAGAGUUAAUAAAAGAGAGGCAAAGACUUGCUUAGAAUUAUUCUCGCGAUUGUUUUUAAGACAGUUGGAACUAAGGCCGGUAUUCACACACAUAGUCGGUUCUUAUUUCAAGACCGUUUUAAGUAAUGUCUUAACAUAAUCUGCAAUUAUUUAUGAUAUCUUAAGAAGAUACUUAAAACAAUCUUAAAUAUAAGAAUCUACUAUAUGAAUACCGGCCUAAGUCUCGUAAGAAUCUCAAGAAAAUUUAUGACGUAUGUCUCUUGUUACUUUAUAACGAGUUACCACGUAGAAGUUAUAUGUAUAUAAAUAUGAGAUGAUCGAAAGAGAUGAUUUCUCGAGAUUAACGCGUGCGAAAUUCGCGCUUAUCUCGCAAGACGAGAGUUUAUGCGUUAAUAUAUCGCAAUUGAUAUCAUAAUGUUAUCCUACGAAAGACGGAUGAAUCGAGAAGAAUCGGUACAAAUUCAUUUUGUAAUAUUGGAGUGUCUUAGUUUCCAAAAUUUAUAUAGUUUAAGGAUUGUCAAUUCUUUACGAUUCACCUGCUUUUCGACAGAAACGAGAGACGUUGAAAUAGUUAGAGCAAGCACAAGGCGAAAUAAUAUUACAAGAGAUGUGUGUGUGUAUGUUUCAUUUUAUUGCAAUCGCAAAACUGCCGGUUAAACAGUUGGAAUAAAUGCGAUACGAGCUACUUUGAAAGAAUAUCAGUAAAUGUCUUCAUCCAUCGCACAGACAGAAUUGUGAAACUAAGACUGUCCGAGUUAUUUAAAGCAAAUAUGAAAUAACGCAUAAGUAAAUUAUGUACGUGACAAAAAAACUUAACUAAAAAAAGACCGUUUUGACAACUUCUACGAAAUUCUGAGAUUUGUAUACCAAAGAAACGAUCUACUAAAAAAUAUGUAUACACUCACGAAGACGAAAGAAUAAAAAGAGCAAAUUACAAUGCGGUAGAGCUGCAA